CACCCUAACCCCCAAAACAAAGCGAGAAAAGCCGACAAAACCCGUUCUCUCGGUCGGGGACUCGUUGUUUGUUGCGGCGGCCCUCAUCCUGUGAGUUUUCCACGGCAAAGAAGACGGAUCGGAUUUUCAGUACCAACUAGAAAGUCCAGUUCGACCGACCGAGAUGUCACAGGAGCAUGACAGCAAGCGUGCGGUCCUGGUUCUGCAGAACGAGGCAGCCUACAGCGGACAGCGUCGCCCCUUCACUGCAGAGGAUGAGGCCUGGAAGUCGUUUCUCGAGAACCCGCUGACAGCCGCUACUAAAGCCAUGAUGAGCAUCAAUGGAGACGAGGACAGUGCCGCGGCUCUCGGCCUGCUCUACGACUACUAUAAGGUGCCCAGGGAAAAGAGAACAAUACAUCAGAACAAGUCAGACACGCUGGUCUCUGAUGUGGAUCCCAACAAAAGUUCUGCUCUGUUACCUUGCAGGCACCAGAUUCAGGCUGGACACACCGUAGCUCCGCUCCAAGAAGGUAACACGGAGAGCAGGAUCCAGGUCCUCAAGGGACCCUUCAAUAUUCUACAUCUGGCACAGGACAAAAGGGGCCAGUUUCCUUCACCAGAUACGACCGUCACAGUUUCCAUUGCUGCCGUGCCAAACUACCCACCCGUCAAGACUGAGGCACCCACCCAUGGGUUCUCCGUGACCGUGCCAAACAACUGUGCCGAAACCGACAACCACGUGGGUGUCUUUGACCGUCAGCUCAACCAGUUCAGUCCCAGCACCCAGUCCCGCACGCCCCCGGACUCCACGUUCUCAGAGGGCUUCAAGGAUGGCUCCCAGGAGAUGUUUUCCUUCCCAGCGGAUCUCCAGUUGCGUAUGGCCUCAAUCUCAGCUGAUGACUACCAUCCGUUUGACGCUGUGUCGGGGAGCAAUUUUGAGUACACACUGGAAGCAUCCAAGUCUCUUCGUCAGAAGACCGGCGAUGGCACAAUGACGUACCUAAACAAGGGUCAGUUUUACCCAAUCACGCUUAGGGAGAUUGACAACAGUAAAGGUGUACAGCAACCAAUCACCAAAGUCAGGAGUGUGGUGAUGGUGGUGUUUGGAGAGGAGAAGUGCAGAGAGGAUCAGCUCAAACACUGGAAGUACUGGCACUCCAGACAGCACACGGCCAAGCAGAGGUGUCUUGACAUUGCGGAUUACAAGGAGAGUUUCAACACCAUUGGAAACAUUGAAGAGAUUUCCUAUAAUGCCAUUUCCUUUACUUGGGACACCAAUGAAGAGGCUAAAAUCUUCGUCUCCGUCAACUGCCUGAGCACGGACUUCUCCUCUCAGAAAGGGGUGAAGGGCCUUCCUCUGAACCUGCAGAUCGACACCUACAGCUACAACAACCGCAGCAACAAGCCCAUCCACCGCGCCUACUGCCAGAUCAAAGUGUUCUGUGACAAAGGAGCCGAGCGCAAGAUCCGCGACGAAGAGCGGAAACAGUCACGCAGGAAAGGCAAGGUGUCCGAGCUCAGCGCCGGCCUGGCACCCUUUGUAGAUGUUAAAGUGCCUGUUAUCCAGAAACGCAACGACGUGACCAUCUUCAAGAUGAUGACAGACCUGGAGACCCAGCCAGUCCUCUUCAUCCCCGACAUUCACUUCUCUACCUUCCAGCGCCAUCCUUUCUCGGGUGAGGAUGGUGAGGAUGGUGGUUCAGGAAUGAAGAGAUUACCGUUCAGUGAUGAGGAGUUUGGUUCACCUCCAAAUAAGGUGGCGAGGCCAGACGAGCCAAAGAAAGUCCUGCUGUACGUGCGUAAGGAGACAGAGGAGGUGUUUGAUGCAGUCAUGCUGAAGAAUCCCACGCUGCAAGGCCUGGUGGAAGCUAUUUCAGAGAAGUACGAGUUGCCCCUGGAAAAAGUUGGAAAAGUAUAUAAAAAAUGCAAGAAAGGGAUUCUAGUCCACAUGGAUGACAACAUUAUCAAACACUAUUCCAAUGAAGACACCUUCCAGAUCUCCAUGGAGGAGUUGGGCGGCAUGUACAAACUUAUCCUCACUGAAAUCUGAUUGGACCAUUUGGUGGAAGACGACACUCCAUACGGUUUACGCGUUUAGUGACGCUAUUUGCUCUAACAGUGAUUAUGGUCUUCAUAAUCUUUUUUUUGAGAUCUAUUGGUGUCAAACUGAUUUUUUUUUUUUUUUUUUAAAUAAUGGUCAACCACAGGUAUUGAAGAAGCCAUAGCUCUUAGACAAUGUUAAUUAGAGAUUUGAAUUAACUUUGCAAUAUCUUUGUGCAUGAAAAUCAACGUAGGUGGGUUUAAUUGUAAGAACGCAUGCACUUCAAAUAUUCAGCAUAAUGUAAAAAAGAAAAAAAAAUGCAAUUGUGCAGAUUGUUUGGUGCUGCUAUACCUCAAGCUAUGCAAGCAGCAAUGUAUCUCUUAUUUUAGAAUUUCAUGAGAAGAAAUGGCUCCUCUUUCCAAAACUAAAGCCAUCGCACUGAUGAUUACACAAUCUGUAAAGUUUGGUAUUUGGUACAUAAAAUGAGGACAGCAAAUUGUUGUUGCCUGGAUACUGGAUGAGAAUUUAAGACUUCAGUGGUUGAGUGUAUUAAUACUUCAAUACGGCAGUAUUUAGUGUAAAAUUUUUCAUCAUACAAUUAGGAUGACUUAAUGUAAAUGUCCAUUUUUUUUAAAAGCAAAGGAUGCAUUUAUGGCUUUUUUUUUUUUUUGUAAAUGUCUUGAAAGAUAUGUUCAGAUAAUUAAUCUGUGUAAGUAUUAAAUAACAUAAUGUUAGUUCUCAAUGUCUCUCUUGUACAGUAGUUUUCUGACUGUUGAUAGGUCAAUGAAUGUCUCGCACAGUCCAUCGAUGCUUUUGGAAGUGCAAUAUGUCUCUUCUGACACAUUCAGGGGGAAAACCCUCUAUUGCAAUAUUUCAUAAUUACAAUUAAACAAUUGUGUGUGUGUAUAUAAUUGAAAAGGUUAGAAGGAUCUAUGUUACCUUCCUCCUUGUAUCUCAGUACUUAAUAUCUAUAUAUUUAAGUAAAUGGAUGUGGGUCUCUUGCUUCUUGUUCUCUUUUAACAAUAUAUAAAGUAUAUUCAUAUUUUAAUUUCUGUUAUACCUAACAAUAUGUUGGUACUUUUUUUAAGUGAAGUGCUUCCAAAAGUACAUGUCAAGGGAUUUUUUUUUUCAUAUUUUGUAAAACAUUUUAUGCACAGUGUAAAAUAAAAGCUUUGCAGUAAAAGC